GCGUAGAAGAUGAGAAUCCAGAGCCCCCCAUUCCACUUGGGAUGUUUACAGUGAGUUAAGGAGUCCGUAAGGUCGACUAGUUUACUUGUAGAAAAGUAGCCAACCUCCAAGUGAAUCUUUUGCUGUAACCCCUUCACCCCCUACGCCACCCAUCGUUUCUCAAGCCCGUUUAAAUGCUCUAGUUUCAAGUGAAUCAAAGUUUCCCAACUUACCGCGUCGAAUCUUGGUUCAAACUUUUCCACGGAGGUAAUCUAUUUUUUAUACCUUUACUCUUUUUUUAUCAACGCCACGAGAUAAGAAACAUAAUCAAUUUCAAUUGACUUUAACGAUCUCUUCAUUCGGUAGAGGGUAAUGGGAGUGAAACAGGAAAAAGUCCAUUUAUAUCGGUGGUAGCUGGAUUAUAUUUAAUAAAAAAAAAGAGUUUUGAUGGGGCACUGGAAGAAAUUAUCGCCCCAAGUUUAUUAUUUUAGAUAAUGCGGAUUUGAUUUUCUUUUUUAAUUGAAUACUCCAGAUAUUUUUUCCUCUCAUCCAAAUGCCCCCGAGAAGGCAAAGUUCGCAAUCGACUCUCAAAUCCAUUGCGAAAAAUGUCGAGUCUCGAGGGAGGGGAUUAUCUGAGGACAACUGCUUUAUAAAUUUGCAUCAUUGUUAAGAGGUCAUUCAAAUCGAGGUGCUAUCUCGGCUCAUAUAAAAAAAUAAUAAUUGUACGCUACUAAUAAAAUGAAUAAUAAAAUAAAUAAUAACAAAUGAUAAUAAUAACGUGAAAAAUAAAUGACUAAAAGUGGAUAGAAGAGCGACAUCAACAGUGUAUCACCCGCCACUUUCAUUUUCAGUUUCGCGAUGACAUAACGCGUGACGAAUUCAAUCGGUAUUCAGUUGUAAUCGGAGUUCAAUACGAGUCAAGAAGUUUACUAUAAUCGUGAUAGGCUACGUGUAUUUUCGCGAGUGAAUGAGUGAAUCUGAAUGAAUUGUGGAUUAAUUACGGUUGCAUCAGAGUGAUUGACAAUGCCGGAGUACGAGCAGGAGUCGAGAGUGAGGUUAAGGCGUACAAAAAGUGUCACAAGAGCUGAGGAAAUACAAAGGGCUGACUACAUGGUGAGGAGAUCACAACCAGAUAAACCAUGUCACAGGCCCAGGGACAGUCUAUUCUCCUGGAGCUCGGGAUUUGACAAUUUCACUGGAUUCGUUAAUUGGGGAUUUUUACUGCUGGGACUCGGAGGCGUUCGAUUACUCCUGGAGAAUUUCAUAAAAUAUGGAGUGCGGGUGGAUCCAAGGGAGUGGUUUCUGUUUUUAAGUGGUAAAAGCGACGGCGGAGAGCAGUAUCCAUCUCUCAUCCUUAUAGUGUAUUCCAUCGUGCCGGUGGUGCUCUGCCUUCUCAUCGAGAAAGGACUCUCAUUGGAUAUCAUGGCUCAUGGUCCAGGAAUGGUGUUCCACGUUGUCAAUCUUAUCGUUAUGGUGCUGAUGCCGAUGGUUGUCAUUCACGUGAAGGAAUCCGGCUUCAGUCUGAUUGGAUCGAUGUACGUUUGCAUGCUCUAUGCUAUCUUAUUCCUGAAGCUGUGGUCCUACGUCCAGGUGAACAUGUGGUGUCGUGUGAGCGCGAAAAAAUCAACGAGUCAAACUCGAAUGCGGAGACAAUCACUGUCUUACAACAAUCUACAGGCUUCGUCGGUUCAUCAGAGUAGCAGUGAAUUGGAUGAAGUGUGGCAUGAUGCUAAUGGAUCAAGUCUUUUGGUCCAGUAUCCAGAUAAUCUUCACAUUGGCGAUCUUUUCUACUACAUACUCGCGCCAACACUGUGUUACGAGCUAAACUUUCCACGUACUCAGAGAAUUCGAAAAAGGUUCCUGAUAAAACGAAUAUUCGAAGUAUUCGUUGGCUGUCAAGUGGUAAUGUCCCUCUGCCAGCAGUGGAUGAUACCAUCAGUGAAGAAUUCUCUCAUUCCCUUUACGAACAUGGAUGUCGCUAAAGCUGCCGAGAGACUUCUAAAACUCGCCAUACCGAAUCACUUGAUGUGGCUGUGCUUCUUCUAUCUGUCCUUCCACUCAGCUCUCAAUCUCAUGGGUGAGCUGCUACACUUUGCCGACAGAAAUUUCUACUGCGACUGGUGGAAUGCUAAUAACAUUGACACCUUCUGGAGAACUUGGAAUAUGCCAGUGCACAGAUGGGCUGUGAGGCACUUGUACAUUCCGAUCGUUGAGAUGGGAUAUGGCAAGACCACAGCAAGUGUCACUGUUUUUUUUAUCAGUGCGUUCUUCCAUGAGUAUCUUGUCAGUGUGCCGUUGAAGACAUUCAAGAUCUGGGCGUUCUUGGGGAUGAUGGGACAGAUACCACUAUCAGCUAUUAGCAAAUACGUCGAGCGUCACUUCGGGGCACGUUGGGGCAAUAUCGUUGUCUGGUCGAGCUUGAUAAUUGGUCAACCACUGUGCAUCAUGGUGUACUAUCACGAUUACGUUGUGACCCAUUUCGGUGAAACGCUCCUCGAAGAUCACUCAAUAGUGUAGUCCGAGUGAUUCCAGUGGAUAAGUCAAUUCAUUCAUGGCAAGGGAGUCGAUUAAGGAAUAGCUCCACAAACUGGAAUGCGUCAAUCGAGCUGUACCAGAGAUUAUCGUCCACGGACUCUCAUUAUUUCUAUUUAUUUUUGUACUUGGGUGUGCCUGGGAGAAUUUAUCACGGUUUGCAAUCGUUCCAGACAAUCGUGCCAAAGGGAGUGUGCAACAUACUGGAGAGCAUCUCCAGAAAUUGAGAGAUUGUUUUGUAUGUAAAUAUUACCAACACUGUUCAUAAUUACUCAGUGGUAACGAAUUAACUCAUGGUUUUUUUUAUAACGUACUAGCAUGGGGUGUUAUCAUUUUAGAUCUAAAAUCUGUAUAUUGAAAGAAUCUUGAAUAUCUAAAAAAAUUACCAAUAAUUUAUGUUUUUUCUUCAAUCAAAUUCAAUUGAUAAAUAGAAAAUGGUAUAUCAUAUUAUAUUAUAUGAUAUACGCGCCGAAAAAAAGCUGAUAAAAAACGGUACAUCGUUCUUUUGUUUGUAAACUGUUAUCGCUACGAUUCUGUCAAUAUUUUUAUAUCAAAACUGAAUUCCCGAUAAAUUUCCGCAACAGCCAAAUGAGGAUUUGAGCAGAGAUAGUCAUAUCACCAAAUCAAAAAUAAAGUUAUAUAAAUGAACACUCAACCAAU